AUGAUGAACUGGGUGGGGAAUGUACGAGUCCACUUCGACGAGGACAGUCUCAGACAGGAACAUGAAACAGCCACGAUCAAGGACCGCAAGGCUCAUCAUCCUGGACUCGCGAAACCAUGGCCUUCGUUGUCGAGUACCAGCUUGCUGGUGAGGAAGGCGAUCCGAUGGCUGCAGUCGACGGGGAAGGAGCAUUCGCUCUACGUCCAUAUCCCGUCUCGGAUUGGCCAUAGCCCCUGUCUGGACCUGGCGUUGACGGCUAAUAUGGAAGCUCAUAGCAUUGAUACCGGGGAUGCGAGUAUCUCCGAGGAACGCUGUUUUCACACGUCUACACUUGCUACGGGAGCUCUGCAUUCGCUGAUGAAGAGUGGACGAGGCGCGACGUCUGAUGAGGCGAUGCUCACUGUCGCGCUGCUGUUCAACUUCGAAGCUGAUGUCCGGGCAUGGUCGAUUGAACGGAGGAGAGGGCCGGUGGAUCAUUCUGCUGUGCUGCAUAUGAAAGGCCUCGCGGCGAUGUUCUCGUCACGGCCACCUGGAUCUGAGACCGAAGCAAGUGCGGCUUUCAGAGCUUUGUGGUACGCAACGAGUUUCUACGUGGCGUUUAUACUCCAACUGUUCAGUCCGGAGACUUCGCCGUUCGAAAGGCCCGUCUGGUUGGAUCUUGAGCCCGUGGUGGACGAUGCACGGGGCGUUGAAAAUGUGGUGGAGUCGAUAAGGAGUCUGAGAAAGAUCAGUAACAAGCUGUUCAUCUGCUUACCACGGCUGAUCAAGCUCUGUCAGAGAGUACGAAGAGGUGAUGAGGAAGAAGAGACGAAAGAAGCAGCGAUCAAAGUUGCCAAACUCCUCUAUGGACUAAACGAUACUCGCGCCGAGGAUCGUCUCUUACACAGUAUCAAUGUCGUCAAGACGUCCGAAAGAGAAUCCCCUGGAAUGGAACUCAUCCCUUACGUCUUCAAAUUCUCCUCCUUCACAGAGUACGAAGCCGCCGUCGCAUACUGGACAACCAGACUCUUCGUCCUGCAACAAUGCCGCCGCCUCAACAGUAUCUGCCCCGAAAUUUUCUCCACCUCCGACCUACAAAGCGAAGGCUCCCGCACAGCCAAAAACAUCAUGAUGUCCUGGUCCGCCAUCCUCUCCUACCGAUCCAUCACCAAAAUGCGCGGAAGCGUAGCCUUACAAGCGGUCUGGGGCGUGCUGUCGGAAUUUGAGAUUUCCAAGAAGGUGUCGGAGAAUGAUAUGGAGAUUGUGAAGUUGUGGUUGUUGAGGCGGUCGAAUAAGUUGAGUGGGGAUGCUUGUGUGUUGACGGAGAGGCAUUUGGAUGGGUUUGCGGCGCUGCAGAGUGGGGAUGGGAUUUGGAUGCCGCUGAUGGGGGCUUUCGAGUGA